AUGGGCGUGUUGGGUCACUCCACCUCCAACUACCCAACUGCUCAUAAUCACUGCUUCCGCACUGUCUCAUCCUACGAUGCGAAUUUGCACACAAAACGGAAGUGUUCAACGUGCGGCAUUUGGGGAGAGAAGGGCAGCCGAUGCACCUUGUGCGGGGACAGCAUCCCUGGUCCGCGUCCGCGCCCAACUGGCUCACGGCUAAGCUCGCGUUCAACAUCAAGCUCGGUCUUCCAAGGCGUGAGCCGAGACGAAAAUGCUUUUAAACCACCGAAGCCUUUCCGACCGCAAGAACCAGUCAAAGUCAAGUGCUCAUACUGUGGCAUAUGGGUCACGCCCGCGUCUGUGUGCCAACUUUGUCGAACGCCGGCGUGA